ACCUUGCCUACCUCUCCGGGAAAAGGGCGGCGCGGCCUACAGUGCCGUUCAGUUGUGACGGUCUUCCGGCAAAAAAUUAUUGCGGCGUCCUAUUGAGAGAAACAUAUGGCGGGGGUCUUAUGUCGCCAUUUUGAAGCAAUUGGUGUUGGCCGGAUUACGUCCCCAUUUUAUCAAAGGGGCUCAGGCUGGACUGGGCACCGAGGCUGUGCCUCUUCCUUGCCAGAGGGCCUGUUCUUCCUCGGGGCAGCAGCGUCCUCUCAUAUGUUCUCAUGGGAAAAGGAAAGCGCAGGCAUGGAUUGUGUGGGCAGCAGCAGUAAACAGCAGAAGUAGGAAAAGAUGCUGACGGAAAUCAAUGAUCGCCGUUAGCCUGCUGCUCUUCAGUUGGGGACGUUUACCAUCUUUUUUUCCUUUUCUUUGCAGGGCCUGUGUCAAGUAGCUUUAACUGGCGAAAAUGGAAACGAGUUUUUCCAUUUUCCAAUAUUUUAAAACCGCUAUUCAUUUCCCCAAAACCUUACAACAAAAGCAUAUUUUGAAAAUCAAAGUCAGGAAUUGGCAAAGUAUUGUGGAAAAACUGCACCCUUAAUUGCCUACAUAAGCUUGAUAAAAUAAAAAAGCUUUCAACAGGCGUUUAAAAGUUGAGACAGAAAGUGCCUGCUGAACCUCUUGGCAGAGUAUUUCACAUCUCCAUGCUGCUAGAUUUGUGCUGUUGUAUAAUGGAUGUGGAUGGCGCUGUGGGUCAGAGCCUAGGGCUUGCUGAUCAGAAGGUCGGCGGUUUGAAUCCCCGUGACGGGGUGAGUGCCCGUUGGGCAAGGUAAAUGGUGUUUCUGUGCGCUGCUCUGGUUCGCCAAAAGCAGCUUAGUCAUGCUGGCCAGAUGACCUGGAAGCUAUAUGCUGGCUCCCUCAGCCAGUAAAGCGAGAUGAGCCUUUUAUAAUGGUUAUAAAUACAGGAAUCUUGGCAGAAAAAAAAGUUGGGAAUACAAUCUGAUCUUUAGCAGCAUUUCUGUGGCAACAGUGACCUCUUUUGUGAUAUCCUUCAUUGAGAAUGAAAAUAAACAUAGUACAGUAUUGGUACAGGAAAGGAGAGAAUGAACCUUGGUUUUAGGGAAGUGUCAGAAUUACUAAUGCUUCCAAGUGAAUGACUUGGAACCAAAAAGUACUGCACUUGUAGCAUCCUACCCAUAUCUAGACAUUUAAGUGAGCCCAUGCCUCAGGAUGUUUACAGUGGACCCAGAAUCACUGAAUAAAUAAAGGCACAUCUUCCUCCCAUCAUUCCUUCCUACUUUACAUUCCCCAUAAUCUUAGCAAAAAUGGAGCUGGAACAAUAUGUCAAGCUAAUGCCUAAUUUGGCCUUCAGUUUUAGCUACUCCCAAAAUAGAGCUAACACCCUGGCCUAUUUUACAAACUUGUUGAGUCAGAUUAGAGUAUAUAAAGUGUUCAGAAUCAUCUAAAAGUUGCGUUAUGGUUGUUGCUAUAUGGAGGAUUAUCUUGAAAAUACUUAUUGUUUGGGUGUUUUUGUUUUUACAGAUUGGAAAAAUCUCAUUUUUCACAGCAUCGUUUCUCUGAGAUAAAAUCAUGAGUUUGUUUUGGAAAACAGGGACAGCCAAUAUGGCACAAUCCAAAUGUCUGAUACUACCUCUCCCAUCAGCCAGCAUAGCCAAUAGAUAGAGAAUAUGGGAGUUGUAGUCCUUAAUGUUUAGUGAACACCACAUGGCUUCUCUCUUUAAACGUAAGGAACGUUGGAAGUUAAUACGGGGUCAGACACUAGAGGACUACUACAGGUAACAGGUGAUUUUAUUCUGGUUCUGUAAGAACCCUGUAGCUACAGGGUAGCUAGCCGGGUUUUUUGCCCCGGGUGAAGCCUCCAGAUGGGCGUCGUUGAGGUUUCCAGCCUGUGUGUGUGUCUGUGUGCAUAUACACAUGGUGGGGGGGCAAACUGGGUCUUUGACCUGGGUGAAAAAAAGGAUUGAUUCGCCCCUGCUGGAACAGGAUCCAUUUUGAAUAACAUAGUUCAUUGGAUCAGCUAUAGCUGCUAUACGUCUUGUGCAAUGGUGAAGUCAAUGAACUGGCUGGAAGCAUUGAUUUUUAUAACAGAGGGGAAAGGUCCUAAAAUGUUACAAAACGUUCACUCUCAGUUUGGCAAAACUGGCCCUCACAAGCUGCUGAUGCGUCUCUGGAAAAACGUCAAAAGGGGAAACCCAGAACACAACUACCUAAAACAUAAAUAUUCCUCGUAUAACAAGUGUGCUAUUACAUGGUCCCUUAUCAACUUUUAAAAUAGGAUUUUGGCAUCACAAUUUGAGAGUGAAUCUUUGAAAAUUCACUUGUCAUUGAAGGAUGGCAUCAUCAGCUUUUCAAAUCUCUGCACUGCUUCUGGCUUUUCUGAGUCUCAUCCUUUUACUGGUUGCCACUGUGUCCAACUACUGGAAAACGUCUAAUAAAGCUGCAACACUUAUUACUGCAAACUGGAUUUAUGAAGGUCUCUGGAUGAACUGUGUAGCUACUUCUAUGGGCUCAGUUCAGUGCAAGGAAUUCUUUUCCUUGCUCAGUUUGGAAACUUAUAUUCAAGCAUGUCGUGCCCUGAUGAUCACUUCGCUCAUCUUGGGUAUGUGUGGGACUCUGCUGACAUUGCUUGGUUUGAAGUGCACUCAACUUGGAUCCAAUAGUGAAAAUACAAAAUCAAGAAUUGCCAUGCUGGGGGGAAUGAUCUUCAUUUUAGCAGGUCUCUCAUCAAUGGUUGCUAUUUCUUGGUAUGCAGAAAGGAUCACAGCUCAGUUUUUUGAUUCAUUAUAUGGUGGAACCAAAUUUGAGCUAGGAUAUGCACUGUACUUAGGCUGGGCUGGUUCCCUCCUUUCUAUGCUUGGCGGGGGCUUCCUGACAUGUUCAGCAUGCAAAGAAAAACACAGAGACUACAAGUAUGCUGCUACCCAGCACGGCAAGGAUGCACGUAUUUACAUCAAACAGUCCGAGACAGUCACAUCUGCCAAAGACUACGUUUAGAUUUUUAAAUGUUUCACAUGUUCUAACUCAUUAUAACACCUAAGCCCUCCAUUUCCAUUUCCACAUUCCACUUUCAACAGACAUUUUACAUAUAUGUAGAAUUUCCUUCUGGUAAUAGUUUAAGCUACAGUGGCAUUUGGGUGUAUGAGGACUAAUCUAGUAAAGAAAAAUAAUAUGUAACAUGUUAGCAUAUCCCCCCCCC